AUGUACCUCAGCAAGAAGGAGAAGAACGUUUUCAUCCUGGAAGGUACCAAGUCGGCAGGAUUCUCUGGCUGCGGCUAUGGUGGCAGUCCCGAGGAGCGGCUGGCGAUGGAAAGCGGGCCUUUCUCACUGACAGCGGAAGUCAAGUGUGUGCCCGGGGAGCAGACGCCCGACCAGCAGGUCUUUCUGCUCCUGGACUGCACCAGCGUCACGGAUCUUUCUUCCGGCUGCGACUUCUGUGCAGUUCGCCUGAGCUUCGACACCCGCGAAGUGCGAGUGGAGAGCCAGAAGCGCAACGCGACGACGCAAAC